AUGACAGCCGCAGCAAGAAAACCACACCUCCUCUCCAUCUCCCUCAACCACCAGCCAUACUUUGAUCAACUCUAUAAACCACUCCUCACCGAAAUUCAGUCAAAGGCGGAUUUUUUGCAAGCCAAGGACGCAGAUUCGGCAGCACGUCUACUUUCAGAGCAGCCAAGCCCGACAGCUGUUCUUAUAACCGAUGAGUCACUCAGUGACAAUCGAAACUACCAUAUUUGGAGGGCAGUCCUUCGAUAUGUCCGCAAGGGCGGAAGGGCAGUGGUUAUGGGCAAUUUUUCGUCUUUUGUUAAGCCACUGAGUAUUAAACCACUCUUCGCUCAAGCCGGCCUAAGCUGGGAGGUUGGCGCAUACCACAGAACGACAGUCGUGCUAAAUCACGCGGCGGUGGAGAGUGGUUUAGCUGCAAAGCUGCUUCCACGAUACAGUCAAAAGGCUCAAUUUGUCAAAAACGUUGCGCUCGAUGAAGCCUGGUAUAUAACAGAUGAAGAGUCGGUUAUUGAGUCGUCUGUUUUCCUUCCAACAAACGCUAGGGCUCCUGGAGAGAGCCCAGUCACAUUCGCUUCUGUGGGAGACGGCAAGCUUGGGUACAUCGGUGAUGUGAACGGAGAACAAGGUUCAAAUGUUGCCGUCCUUGCAAUGUGUGGACUCCUUUAG